ACACCUAUUCCUAUUAGGUUAUGUUUAUGUGAAUUUGUUUAUAAAGUUUUUGAUAUUAUUGUAUCUCAUAAUUUCAAUAUUAACAGCAAAAAUGGAGUCUGAAACGAACAAUGAAGCUAAACGCUUGCUUUGCUGUUUUAAAUCCGAAACUGGGGAAGUUGCAGGAGAUAUGAUGGACCUGCCACUGAACUGCAGUACUCAACAACUCACGUUGAUAUGCAAUGCUAUUUUACAACAAGAGGAACCUGUACCAUAUUUGUUUUACGUAAAUGACACAGAAAUUACACAUACUUUAGAAAAAGCUCUCAAUGUUGCCAAUUUGAAUACAGAAGGUAUAGUUGAUAUAAUCUAUCAGCAACAAGCUGUCUUCAAGGUGCGACCUGUUACAAGAUGUACAAGCUCUAUGCCUGGGCAUGCAGAGGCUGUAAUAUCAGUGAGCUUCAGUCCAGAUGGCAAACAUUUGGCUAGUGGUUCUGGUGAUACAACUGUUAGAUUUUGGGAUGUGACUACACAGACACCUAGUUACACAUGUAAAGCUCAUAACAAUUGGGUUUUGUGUAUAGCAUGGUCUCCUGAUAGUACCAAGCUGGCAUCUGCAUGCAAAGAUGGUAAAAUAAAUAUUUGGGACCCCUUUACUGGUAAACAAAUUGGAAAGACCAUGAUAGGGCACAAACAAUGGAUAACUAGUUUGAGUUGGGAGCCCUACCACAAAAACCCUGAUUGCAGACUUUUAGCUAGUUCCUCUAAAGAUUGUGAUGUCAGAAUAUGGGACACCACUUUGUGUACUACAGUUCUUACCAUUGCAGGGCAUACAAAGGGUGUUACUGUGGUGAAAUGGGGUGGUUCUGGUCUCAUUUAUACAGCCUCCCAGGACCGGACUGUGAAAGUAUGGAGAGCUAAUGAUGGUGUAUUGUGUAGAACUCUAGAGGGGCAUGCCCAUUGGGUGAACACACUGGCAUUGAGUACAGAUUAUAUAUUGAGGAUAGGAGCUUUUGACCCUAUCAAGGAUUCAAAUAAAGAUACAUUGAUGCCUGAUAAAAAGAAGUCACAAGAAUUUGCUCUCAAAAGAUUUUAUGAAGUGACUGAAGCCCUUGGUGAAAGACUAGUAUCUGGAUCAGAUGAUUUCACUUUGUUCCUUUGGAAUCCUGAAAAGGAUAAAAAACCAAUUGCUAGGCUCACAGGUCAUCAACAACUUGUUAAUGAUGUUAAAUUCUCCCCUGAUGGAAGAAUCUUAGCCUCUUCUUCAUUUGAUAAGUCCAUAAGGCUUUGGGAAGCAAAAACUGGGAAAUUCAUUUGCACUCUCAGAGGUCAUGUCCAAGCUGUUUACAUGGUGGCCUUCUCAGCUGAUUCUAGGUUGAUGGUAAGUGGCAGUGCUGAUUCUACAUUGAAAUUGUGGAAUCUAAAGACGAAAAAGUUGGAAAUUGACUUACCUGGACAUGCUGAUGAAGUUUAUGCUGUGGACUGGUCAACAGAUGGACUCAGAGUAGGAUCUGGAGGAAAGGACAAGGUCUUGAGGUUAUGGCAAAACUGAAUGUUUUAAGCAAAUAAAUUCUAGAUAUAUUCAAUUUAUUGAUUUCAUAAUUGAUAGUUAUCUUCUUUCAUAAAUACAAAAAUAUCUUGAAAUAAUUAAAUUCAAAUGAAGUGUAUUUGGGAUUUCUUCUCAUCAAGAAUUUGACAAAAAUCUGUGAAUUGAAAAUUCAAGAGACAAAACAAGACAAGAGAGGAGACACAAGACAAAUUGAGCAUUUUUCCUACAAUGCCCUCAAAAUGUUAUAAUUCUCAUUCAUUUAAACUGCAAUUAUUGAAGUUUGAGGUUUGAAUUUGCUAUUCAUAAUUUUAAAAAAUAUCCAUCUAAUGGAUGCUAGAAUUUUCUCAGCAAUGCUUAAAAUUUGUAAUUCACAAGCUUGUAAAUCAGAAGUAAACAUCAAAGUUUCAUGUGAAGUAAAAUAGGAAUAAAAAACUACUGAUGGUUUGAUAAAACUUAACUUUAAUGCAACAAAAUAUAACAAUAAUGAGAAAACAUUUGUGCAAAAUAAAUUAAAUAAAUAUAUAAUUUUUUGUUCUAAUACUUGCUCAACAUCAGAAUAAAUAUUUAAGUAC